AUGUUAGAUCAUUUACUUGAAUUAAAUUUGAUUGAGUUACCAGAGAUGAAACGGCCUGAAGAAGCUGACCAAACAAAUAACCCUAAGUAUUGCAAGUAUCAUCGCCUUGUAGGCCACCCUAUAGAGCGAUGCUUUGUGUUGAAAGACAAAAUUAUGGAGCUAGCCCACCAAGGACAAAUCACAUUUGAUGAUGAAGCUGUGACUUCUAAUCUUGCCAUGGUGGCCUCAACAACCACUUCUACUUUUCUCACUAAUCAAUUUGGUUCAUUGGAGCCUAUUGAGGUGAAAGUACCUUUCUCUACAGUGCCAAUUCCCGAGAAUUAUAUCUUUUCAUCUUUUACAUGUUAUCAAGUAAGUGGUGAAGAAGAAUCUUCAGAUAGUGAGGAAGAGACAGAACGAGCUAUCGUGUAUAGGGCAUACUGGUCUUCAAUCAUUUUUACUGAUGAUGAUCGUUUGCUGGGCUCCAAGAUUCACAAUCGUCCCUUGUUUGUAACUGGGUACAUUCGAGAACAACAAGUCAAUCGUAUCCUUAUUGAUGGUGGAUCUGCAGUCAAUAUCCUUCCACUCAAAAUACUGAAAGAACUUGGAAUCUCCUUGGAUGAACUACUUCCUAGUAGGUUGAUGAUUCAAGGCUUUAAUCAGGGUGGACAGAGAGCUAUUGGGAAGAUUAGACUUCAUAUGCUCAUUGAGGAAAUGGAAUCAAGCGCACUCUUUCAUGUCAUUGAUGCGAAGACCACUUACAAACUGCUUAUUGGAAGACCAUGGUUGCAUGAGUAUGGUGUUGUGCCAUCUACGUAUCACCAAUGCCUUAAAUAUUUUCAAGAUGGACAAGUAAAGAAGAUAGUAGCUGAUGACAGGCCCUUUACCGUAGCUGAUCACACUUUGCUGAUGCAAAAUUCUACUUGGAAGAUGAUACAAUAG